GUAUUUAUCCGUGAUAGCAAGCUCUAAGUUACGCUGACAUCCUCUCGCCAGAGCAGUAACUUUGAUCUUGACGACGAACUCUUUCCCGCUUUUGAACGUGUAAGUUGUCACCAAAGACGGGCCAAUUUCGUUCAUACUGAGUGACGGACAUUAACAUCAUCACACAGCUGCUAAGUUGAUGCUGGUUGAUGCGUAGCUGUCUGUUAAUUACUCAGUUCUGUGGGCCUGACGCCUGACCUGUGAGUCAGUCAGUGUCACUGUUAAGUUAUCGUGCGUGACGGGGUGCCGAAACCGAAUCGAAGGAUGAACUCGACCCGUUUUCACAGUGAAUUAAUAGUUUAACUAAUCGCGAGUAAUAAUGUGGUCCUUCUUCUCGAGAGAUCCAGCCAAAGAUUUCCCGUACGAGAUCGGCGAGCCGAUCUCUGGUUUAGACGAUAAGAGUAUCUGGACGUUGCACAGGGCAAAGAAGAAGGGUUCUGCUGGAGGCGAAGACGUUUCAGUAUUCGUCUUCGAGUCCAAAAACGGUAACGAACAUUUCUUGGACGUAGCUCGUUCAUCAGUAAAAAGAUUAAAAACUCUUAGGCAUCCAAGCAUACUUGCGUAUCUUGACAGUCUCGAGACUGACAAAGUCCUUUAUUUAGCAACCGAACGCGUGGAACCUUUGUACAGUCGACUAACGAAAAAGUUUAACAACGACGAGGAAUCUAAGAGAGAGUUAUAUUUUUCUUGGGGACUCUUCCAAAUCACUAGAGCAUUGAAUUUUUUGAAUAAUGAUGGCAAUCUACGGCACAACAAUGUUAAUUUGUGGACGGUGUUCGUCAAUGAAGAAACUGGGGAAUGGAAACUUGGUGGAGUCGAAUAUAUGACAGCAGUAGACAGCGUUUACAAUGCAUUGCCAUCGACAUUCCAAAUAUAUCAUCCACCUGAUACGAAAGAGAAUGCAAAGCCGAGCACUAAAUGCUCGGUUGACAUGUGGGGACUCGGAUGCUUGAUCUGGGAAACUUACAACGGUCCAUUAAGUUUAAAUAUGCAACUUAAAGUUACGGACAAGAUACCAAAGCAACUGCUAGUGAUAUAUCGAGAAUUGACCAGCGGCAAUGCCGACGAAAGGCCGAAUCCCGCGGACGUGAUAGCACGUUGCCGCAGUAACGGAGGAUUUUUUAAAAACGUGCUCGUAGACGCACUCCUGUUCUUAGAGGAGAUUCAAAUGAAAGAAAAAGGAGAGAAGGGUAGAUUCUUCGCGCAACUUGCUGGCCAGUUGGACUCCUUCCCGGACGGGGUUGGUAGAUAUAAAAUUUUACCGCAGCUAUUAGCCGCUUUCGAAUUCGGCGAUGCCGGGAGCGCGGUAUUGCCUCCUUUACUGCAACUCGGCUGCCAAUUGCCCGACGCCGAAUAUCAACGACGAGUCGUACCAUGUGUUGUUAAAUUGUUCACGUCGAACGACAGGGCGACGAGAUCACGAUUAUUGCAACAACUCGAUCGAUUCGUCGAUCAUUUGCAACCGGCGACGGUGAACGAAGCUAUCUUUCCACAGGUAGCCAAGGGCUUUCUUGAUACGAACGGUGCGAUCAGGGAACAAACUAUAAAGUCCGUUGUACACUUAGCGCCGAAAUUAGAUUACAAUAAUCUUAAUGUGGAAACAUUAAGGUACUUUGCUAGACUUCAGUCGAAAGAUGAACGCGGCGACAUACGUACUAAUACUACAGUUUGUUUAGGAAAAAUUGCUCAACAUCUACAUCCUCAGAUAAGGCAAAAAGUAUUGAUCGGAGCGUUUAUUCGAGGUACGCGCGAUCCUUUCCCACCGGCUAGGGCAGCAAGUAUUUUAGCUUUAGCGGCGACGCAGCAAUACUUCUUGCUGCAGGAAGUCGCGAAUCGAAUAUUACCAGCUUUAUGCCCGCUGACAACGGACGUUGACAAGGAAGUAAGAGACAACGCGUUUCGAAUUAUUCGCGGAUUUUUAUCGAAGCUCGAGAGAGUAUCGGAAGAUCCUGGAUUACGCGAAUCCAUGGAGGCCGAUGUAAAUACGGCCACGCCGAGUCUUAGCAACGCGGCAGCGACUUGGGCCGGUUGGGCUGUGACGGCGGUUACCGCCAAGUUUUAUCGAAGUCAAUCGGAUACAUCGAAAUCGUCGAACGCGUCUAGGAUUUUACUAAACAAACCUGCCUCUUUAGAGCAAGCUAGCAGUUCACAAAGUAGCGCCAGCACGACUGCCACGACUAGCAGUGCUACGAGCAUGACGUCAUUAGAUCACGAUCACGAACAUGAUCCGCAAAACGCGGUGAAGGCAAAUUCGGAUUGCGAUUGGGACUGGGAUGCCGACAACUGGGGUGAUAUGGAACAGCAACCUUCUACUACUCCAGCCCAUGGAACUAGUAAUGUUUCACCAUCCGCUCACUCACCGAAGGCCAGCGAACAAUGGACGAGCCUGGAAGAAGAACCGGAGGAAGAAGCGGCACAGAGUGAAGAGAAAAAUGAAUCUUCCGAGACCGGCUGGGAAGAUUCAGAGUUUCAGCCUCUAGAAGAUUUUCAACCGCUAGAACAAUUGAAAAACGUUGAGAAUACUGGGACGAUUAGCGGAAGUAAGAAAUCGGAGGAAGCCAGGAGAUUACGCGAGGAGCGUAAACUAGCUAGACAGAGAGAAAUAGAAGCAAAAAGGGCGGUAAAACUGCGGAACAAUGUUGCUAGUAAGAAACUUUAAUUUGAAUAUCUUAUAACUUAAUUGCAUUCACUGUAUUUAAUAAAGGAAAGAAAGGAAUUAAAAAAAAUGUUGACUGUGAAAUAAGUAUUUUAUCUAUUAUCGAUUACUGACGAGUCAGUUCUUACUUCUGUCUCUAUUGUUUAUUGCA